GCCCAGAGCUGGCGCGCAGGGUGCGGGCGGCCGGAUUGCCGAGCCGCGCGGCCAGUUGGGGCACCGCUUGGCGCAGGAGGCCCUGUGUCUGGCACCCUGGCCAUGUGCAGCCCUGAGGAAGCAGACCUGCUCCGGCUGGAGGAGGUCUUCUCAACUACCCUUGCCCGCACCAGCAGUCUUAUCCUCCAGCCCCUGCUCUUAGCUGACCCAGAGCCCUCAGACUCACGAGGCAGAGAGAGCAUGCAGCUCCUACAUCGCCUGCAUGAACGUGCCCAGCGGUUGUGGGAGGUGACAGAGCUAAGUCUACACUCUCUGAGGCAGAGGCUGCACCACCCGUCCUCCACUGGUCUCAAGGCCCUGCUGCUACUGCAAAACACUGACUCUGUUCUUCGGGCCCACAAGGAGUACAUCGAGUCCUACACUGACUGCAUGGUGGUACAGGCCUUUCAGAAAGCCACGAAGAAGAAGAGUGAAUACUGGCGGAAUCAGAGGAAGGUGCUGCAGCCAUUGCUGUCCCAUGCAAGCUCCGAGGGCUCAUUGGGCACCAUGCUAAGCCAGGCCCUCCAACAGCCACUUGCCCAACAUGUGCAGCAAUACGUGCUCCUCCUGUUGAGCCUCAGGGAUACCCUCGGGAAGCACCAUCCUGCCCAGAAACUGGUGAUGCAUGCAGUCACCCAGUUUGAGAACCUGCAGUCCUUCAUGGGGCAGGCAUUGGAUCAAGCUGUGGCCACACAGGCCCUGUGGCAUAGCCUGAACAGCCGGCUGAGAGAUGUGCUCUGCACCCCUACUCACCGACUCCUACAGGACAGCCAGGACAUCCCUGUGACAGUCACCCCGCUGCGGGCUGAGCGUGUGCUACUCUUUGAUGAUGUCCUUGUCCUGCUCCAGGGCCACAAUGUCCACUCCUUUGACUUGAAGCUGGUGUGGGUAGAUCCUGGGCAAAACAAGUGUGUGCUUCACAUCCUCACACCAGAAGAAGAAUUCUCCUUUUGUGCCAGGGACUCCCAGAGCCAGGUUGUCUGGCGGUGGAAGGUGAGCAAGGCUGUAUGCCAGGCCCUGCGUGGCAAGAAGGAUUUCCCUGUGCUGGGGUCGAUCAUAGAGCCUUCUGCACCUCCUGACUGUCGCCAUGUGGCCUACACUUUCCAACACGAGGGCCGGCUCUGUCAGGCUACCUACGAGGGUGAAUGGUGCUGGGCCAAGCCCCAUGGCAAGGGAAUCCUGAAGUGGCCAGAUGGGCGGAACCAUGUGGGGGAUUUCUGCCAGGGCCUGGAGCAUGGCUUUGGCAUCUGCCUGGUGCCCCAGGCCUCAGAAGACAAGUUUAACUGCUACAAGUGCCACUGGCAGGAAGGCAGCAUGUGCGGCUUUGGUAUUUGUGACCAGCUGUUGGUGACCCUCUCCAGGUACAGCAAUGAUGAGGUGUACAAAGGCUAUUUUCAGGCGGGGCUACGGCAUGGAUUUGGCGUCCUUGACAGUGCCCUAAAGGCCUCCCAGCCCUUCAGGUACACAGGCCACUGGGAGAGAGGCCAGAGGAGCGGCUAUGGCAUUGAGGAGGACAAUGACAGGGGUGAGCGCUAUAUUGGUAUGUGGCAGGCUGACCAUCGUCAUGGCCCUGGGGUUGUGGUCACCCAGGCAGGUGUCUGUUACCAGGGUACCUUCCAGGGAGACAAGAUGACUGGCCCAGGCAUCCUGCUCUGUGAGGAUGACACCCUGUACGAGGGUACUUUCACCAGGGAUCUGAUGCUUGUGGGAAAGGGCAAGAUCACCUUCCCCAAUGGCUUUACCCUGGAGGGUUCAUUCAGCAGUUUGUCAGGAAAAGGACUGUACACCCAGGGGGUGUUGGACACAGCUGCCCUUCUACCUGACCCAAGCAGCGCCUGCAAGAGGCAGCUGGGACUGGGUGUCUUCCCCUUGGAGAACCGCUGGCAAGGAGUCUAUAGUCCAUUCCAGGACUUUGUGGAUGCAGGUUGUCCUGGGGACAUGCAAGAGGCCCUGCUGGGCUUCCAUGUGCACAGCUCCAGGGAGCUUCGCAAGUCCCAGGAGUACCUGAGUUGUGAGAGGAGCCACCCUAAGGACAGUGCGGGCAGCAUGGAAGAUACCCUGCGGGAGCUGCUGCAGCACCGAGAGCCCAAGGCCCUGCAGCCGUACCUCAGGAAGGCUCUAAAAAACUCCUGGCACCCCCUGGGGAAGUUGCUCCGCACCCUGAUGCUGACCUUCCAGGCCACAUAUGCGGGCAUGGGCACAAACAAACACCUGCAGGGGAUGGCCCGAGAGGAGGUGAAGCAACACGCUCAGGAGCUCUGGGCUGCCUACAGGAGUCUGCUGCGAGUUGCCUUGCAGCACCAGGGCCAGACCUUGGAAGAGGAGGACAAACAGACAAGGGAUCUGCAGGUGCAUGGGUUGCUGCUGCCCCUCAUCCUGCCCAGCUUCUACUCGGAGCUCUUCACACUCUAUCUGCUUCUUCAUGAGAGAGAGGAUGGGCUGUACAGCCAGGGUAUCACCAACCUCAGCCUGUUUCCUGACACCAAGCUGCUGGAGUUCCUGGACGUGCAGAAGCAUCUGUGGCCUCUCAAGGACCUCAGGCUGACAAGCAAUCAGAGGUACUCCCUGGUCAGGGACAAGUGCUUCCUGUCAGCCACUGAGUGCUUGCAGAAGAUCAUAACCACAGUGGACCCACGGGAGAAGCUGGAGGUGCUGGAGAAGACCUACAGGGAAGUUGAGGCCACAGUGUCUCGGGUGCUGGGCCAGGAGUACAAACUGCCUAUGGAUGACCUACUGCCCCUGCUUAUCUAUGUGGUGUCUCGGGCUCGAAUUCAGCACCUAGGAGCUGAGAUCCAUCUCAUCCGUGACAUGAUGAACCCCAUCCACACAGGAGGCCUCUAUGACUUCCUGCUCACAGCCUUAGAGUCCUGUUAUGAGCACAUCCAAAAAGAAGACAUGAGGCUACGCCAUCUGCCUGGCCACUGGGACUCCAGGGAGCUCUGGUAGCACGGCCACUCCUGGACCAAGCACAGUGCUGAGGGACCACGUGAACUUCCAUGGACUUUCAGGGACUGAGCACCAUCCACCUGUGCCCUGCUGCCUAGGUCGAGGGCAGGGCAAGCUGCACAGACAGCUUUCAAAGUAGAUGACGUUUUGCUUGUUGCAGGGAAAUACCUAGCCACUGCUUGAACUGAGGUGAGGGUGAGGGCUGGCAGCUGUGACCUUGAAGCUGAUGGCUCUCCCAUGGCCUCUGGUCCAGGCUCCGAUAAUCCUGUCCCCUGCAGCAGCACCCUAGGGUCAGGAGGAGCCCUGGCUUCCCUUUGUCUGAGGCUUACUCCAGAACCAUCAAGUCUCAAGGCUGUAUGUCAUGUGAUGGUGCGGUUAUGGCUCCCAAAGAGCUUCCUGUCUGGCUGGCUGAGCUCUGGAGCCCUUCCUUCCCCAAGUCUGGUUUCAUUCUGUUCUUUGGGCUGAAAUGGAAAUUCUCAUGGCACUGUUCAUUUCAUUUCUCUUUCUCCACUCCUGGCCAGAAAUCCCAAGCUACAGAAGGGUCGGUUUAUUGGGACCUUUUCCCAUGAGUAUUCUCCUGGGGACCUGCCUUCUUCCCAGCUGGGCUUCAGGGUGGAGUUGGCCUCUUGGGGAGGAUGACCCCUUGUGGCAAGAAAACCUUAGCUCCAUGCCAGGCUUCUGGGUGGCCUCUGGCAGCCCUACCCUUGCUGAAGUCAUGGGAUGUAAACAACAGGGGUCAUUUACCUGACUUUGCUUCCCUCACAGAUAACAGACUGCAGGCGGCCCAUAAAUGACAUUCCCUGUGACCUCUGUGGCCUGCUGUGUGAGGCACAGCUGGAACACUCAAGGCCAGCCUGGGCCCUGACAGAUGAGCACCUCUGGCUCAGGAGUCUUCAGGGUUGGGAGCUCAGAUCAUAACUCAAUAAUGGUUUUAGUGCAGGACCUCAACCUUGCUGGGACUCAGUUUCUCUUCCCCACAUUAAGGGGUUUGGGCCAGGUGACUCCAGGGCCUUCUGCUGCCCCAACAGAAAAUGAGUGACAACAAGAAACAGGAAUAUGCUCUGAAGUGGUCCAGGGGUGAAGCAUGGGGAUAAAGAUGUCUUUAUGUGGGGGCACAACUCUGCAUUGGGACCUGCUGCUAUGAGCUGGGCCAUAAACAAGUCUGAUCACAGUC